UGCUCCGUGGGAAUAAUUCUGCAGCUUUCACUCCGAUUCUCAAUUGAACCGACAUCCUCUGGGGGCUCUCCGGCUGCGGGAACGGGACGUAAUCUUAAGUGUAUUUUUCCCCCCUUGCAUGGCUUUGCGAAGAGCGGCAAUGAAGGCGAAAUCCGACACCUACAACAUGCGGCUGCUGCUGCUGGUUGUCCUGCUGUGGGACCCGGCCAGGUUGGUGCUGGCUAACAUCCAAGAAGAUGAGGCUAAAAAUAACAUUACCAUCUUUACAAGAAUUCUAGACAGACUUCUGGAUGGUUACGAUAAUCGGCUUAGACCAGGACUGGGAGACAGUAUUACUGAAGUCUUCACUAACAUCUACGUGACCAGUUUUGGCCCUGUCUCAGACACUGAUAUGGAAUAUACAAUUGAUGUUUUUUUCCGGCAAAAAUGGAAAGAUGAACGGUUAAAAUUUAAAGGUCCUAUGAACAUUCUUCGACUUAACAAUUUAAUGGCUAGCAAAAUCUGGACCCCUGAUACCUUCUUUCACAAUGGGAAAAAAUCAGUAGCUCAUAAUAUGACAAUGCCAAACAAGCUUCUUCGAAUCCAGGAUGAUGGGACUCUGCUGUACACAAUGAGGCUUACGGUUCAAGCUGAAUGUCCAAUGCAUUUGGAGGAUUUUCCUAUGGAUGCUCAUUCAUGUCCUCUGAAAUUUGGCAGCUAUGCAUAUACAACCUCAGAGGUCACUUAUAUUUGGACUUACAAUGCAUCUGAUUCAGUACAAGUUGCUCCUGAUGGCUCUAGGUUAAAUCAGUAUGAUCUGCUGGGCCAAUCAAUUGGGAAGGAAACAAUUAAAUCCAGUACAGGUGAAUAUACCGUAAUGACAGCUCAUUUCCACUUGAAAAGAAAAAUUGGGUAUUUUGUGAUUCAGACAUAUCUGCCUUGCAUCAUGACUGUCAUUCUCUCCCAAGUGUCAUUCUGGCUUAACAGAGAAUCUGUGCCUGCAAGAACUGUGUUCGGAGUAACAACUGUUCUAACAAUGACAACUCUAAGCAUCAGUGCUCGGAAUUCCCUCCCCAAAGUGGCAUAUGCAACUGCCAUGGACUGGUUUAUUGCUGUUUGUUAUGCAUUUGUGUUCUCUGCCCUAAUUGAAUUUGCAACUGUUAACUACUUCACCAAAAGAGGAUGGGCUUGGGAUGGGAAGAGUGUAGUAAAUGACAAGAAAAAAGAAAAAGCCUCUGUCAUGAUACAGAACAAUGCUUACGCGGUGGCUGUUGCCAAUUAUGCCCCGAAUCUUUCAAAAGACCCAGUUCUGUCCACCAUCUCCAAGAGCGCAACCACGCCAGAACCCAAUAAGAAGCCGGAAAACAAGCCAGCGGAAGCCAAGAAAACCUUCAACAGUGUUAGCAAAAUCGAUAGAAUGUCUAGGAUAGUUUUCCCAGUUUUGUUUGGUACCUUUAAUCUAGUUUACUGGGCUACGUAUUUAAACAGAGAACCUGUAUUAGGGGUCAGCCCUUGAAUCUAGACGCAGGUUAUCUUUGGGAUGUAUAGCGACAUAAAACCUUGUUUGUUUUGCUGUACAGUCUGACUAAUAACUGCUAAUUUGUGAGCCAACAUGUACAGUGUGUAUAUAGCCACCGAGCUCACCAGUAGACCUCUAACGGAGACACGCACCUGCUACCUUGUGGCACCGCAGGCAGAGAGCACCCCAUACCCAAAGAGCCAUUGCCUUUUUGAAAGAUUGAUCCCGGGAACUCGUUUAAAGUGGAUUUCACAUGACCUGACUUGAUUCCUACUGUUCCAACAGUGAUGAAGAUGGGGAUCCUAUACCACACUUUGUGAACCCUUUUGACUUAGGUCUUAAAUAGGAUUAUUUUCCACUGUUGCCCUUUACGUGACGUAACACUGUCCUUCCGAGGCGAAUCCUUCCAAGUCCCAGAACCUCGUAUCUGCGACAUCAGUUCCCUUCAUUAAGUGCUCAGAAUCCCUGCUAGUGUAAUUGGAAGCUUAGCACACAUCAGAAGAAAAACUAGAGACCUGAAAUCAGCUUUUAAUUACUCCGCGUAGCAUCUAUAGCACAUGUUACCGCAUGACAAGCUCAAAUAAUUACGAGUCACUCCUGACAGGAUGUUAAUUAUGCCUAGAAUUUAGUAACCAUCAGAAUGUCAUGGUCAUUACAUUUUAGCAUCAGAGUUUAUUUGAGAGUGAUAAUUGAAAUCCUACAGGUUAUUUUAAUCAUUGGAAACUACCUUAAACUAAAAAAAUAAUAAUAAAAACAAAAGACAAACGUGUCUUACCCUUUCCAGGUAUGUGUUGUAUCGAAAUUGAUCAGCUAAAUUUUCUUGGUGCUGGAGACUGGACAAAGCAUCCAGCUUGGCUGCUGUGGAGCAACGUUCAUACUGGAUUAGAAAAGUGUGCCAAAAACUCCCACCGGUGAGAAUUCCUAGGUGUCCCAGCGUAUCGAUGAGCACUUACACGAUUCUCCUCUUUCCUGUUUACUGCAAAUUUUGCCUUAAGGCUUCUCGUCAUCAGGACUCAGAAGCCACUAAUUACAAAGGAAAGGGCAGUUAGUUGGCACAUUUUUCUGUCUUGAAGCAGUGCUUUCAGAUAAGAAUUAAUGUAAAUCUGCUUUUGUAAAUCGCAACUUUAAAUUAAACUGACUCAAAUUUACAACAGCUUUGUAUACCAGAAGAGGUUUUGGUAAGAGUUGAACAUUUUUAAACAGAAACUUUAAAGCCUCACCAACAGAUUGUGGAUUAAUUCACACGCACACAUAUAAACGAGUGUGCGCAUGUGCACACACUAACUAAAUUAGAACACACACACACAAAUAGCUAAAUCGGAAACCAGUUUGCAAUUUUAUAUAAUUACUAAUUAUUAAUGAGUAAAAUUCAUUUUCUUUUAAUAUUUAAAAUAUACUCUCUAUACCCCCUGAAAUGCAUUAAUAGAGGUUAACAAUUGUGUCUCAUGCCUAGAUUUAACAUUUUUGGCAAAUCCAAAAUCCUUUUAACUCACAUCUACAUUAGCAGUUAUUAGUUGACUUUUACUAAUAGAUACACCUUUAUGAUGGUGUUUUUGUAGAAACAUAAGUAGUCCAAUAGUGGCAUUUCUUGCAGUUUUGUACAGUAUUUCAGUAUAGUGCAUAAAUAAGUAUGUUCAUAAAAUCAAAUAAAAGGAGUAUCUUACGGAAAUAAGAAAAAUCACAACAAAAAUUGCUGUUCAUUUGCCUCGUUUAAAUUUCUUUUUUUUUUUUUUCAUUUUCUUUGUUUUAGUGUGAUUCUAUUAUGUGCUUUGCAUGACUGUAUUAAUACCAAGGUCACAAAAUGCAUCUUAUUAACAGAAUUUGCCGUGAAGACAGCCUCGACAUUAAAAAUUCCCUCACCAAAGGUAAUCCAUAAUCCUUAAUAAAAUUGUUACAUGAGCUAAUAAAUGUAUUUCUUUAAUUCCCUUCCAGUUACAGCUUCUUUCUCAUCUAAAUAGUUUUAACAUGUGCACUUUAUUUAUACAUUGAAAUGGAACAUAUCCUAUUUUCCUACACAUUUAAGUGUAGCCUAGACCCUCUGUAGAGUUUAGGAAAGUGUGCAAGAGUCUAAGAAAGUGCACCAUGCUUUUGAGGGCAAGCAAUAAAAAUGCUGUGUAUGGUAUGCACUAUUAGACACUUUAAAAAUAUUGUUCUUAUAAGUUACGCAUUUCCCCCUUUUUUAUUUUUUAUUUUUUUACGCA